AUGAUUAUUUAUUAGAAACAUUAAAAAAGAAGUGAAUUAAAUUCAUUUAUAAUUGAAAUAUUUGCUUCUUAUAUGAUUCCAUUAUUUUAAAUAAGUUUCUUAACUCAAUUUAAAAUAAAAUUUAAAGAAUAAAAGAGAAAUUCUAAUUUCUUAAGUGAUUAAAAAUCACCAAUUAAGUUUAAGGAAUAAUUCCAACUUAUAAAAUGA